UUCUCUUCACGGAGGCAUCUAAAUUUCUGACAAAAUUUGUUUCGGGUUAAAAAGAUUCCGCAUUUUAUCAAAAUAAAUUUACCGGUUAGCAUCGGGAAGUUCAAUUCUGGUUCUUAUCAGUGCUACACAGUACAUCGUGGCCGGUGUUUGCCAGGAACCGCCAGAACGCAGUUUUUCUCGGUGUGUUUGGUAAGACAGUGCUUGGCAGCGGAAGCAUAGCGGGGUGAUUUGUUUUCGUUUUCUCUGAUCGGAGGCUGCUACGGGAAGUGUGCGUGCGUGUGUUUCGGACUCAUUUGCCGCGUUACUUAUCUCAUUUUGACUGCCUAAAGUGGAAAAGUACCGAUUUCGGGAUGUAAAUGACCUGCCGAAAGUGGAUCAACCGUGGUAGUGGAAGCUAAAAGUGCCAAGUACGUUUUGUUUACAUUUCCAGUGCCAAGAGUGUUGUGCAAGUUUCCCGCUUUGAUUGGCCUUGAAAAAAUAGUGUUCCCUUGGAAGAAUAAGCCGUGUGGGUUGCCUAUCGAUGGUCAGCUAGCUGAGAAUAUUCCGCGGAAGACAGAUACAAUGAGUGCAAUUUGAGAACCUGUAUCGGAACGGAUCGCCAUUGACAUAAAGAGAAGAACAAUGUCAAAAACAACAACACUGUCAGUGACUGCAACAGCAGCUGGUGGAGUAGGCGGAGGAGGAGGAGGGGUUGGCAUAGCAGCAGUAGCGGGAGAAUUUGAUGUACCCGCAUUCGAACAGAAGCUGAAGGAGCUUAAGGAUACCCAGGAUAGCAUACAGCAGCUUUCGGCGUGGUGUCUACAAAGAAGGGCUCACCAUAAAAAGAUCGUGAUUAGCUGGCUAAAUGUGCUGAAGCAAGUGAAAGUGGAAAACCGACUGACGCUGUUCUACCUGGCGAACGAUGUCAUUCAGUACAGUAAACGGAAGAACUACGAGUAUGUCGACAGCUGGGGAACGUAUCUCCAGAAGGCGACGACAUUGGUUCGCGACGAGAAGGUAAAGCACAAAAUCCUUCGAAUCUUCAAGAUCUGGGAACAGCGUGAAAUCUACAACGAUGAGUUUUUGGCCGAUCUGAACGGUUUGCUGAGCGCCACAACAUCGGCGAAGAAGAGUGACUCCUCAACGAGUGUGACAUCCUCGUCUAGCAAUGCCUCGCAACCGGUUACACUGGCUAGCGGUCCCAGCAGACUGGCGGAACAGGCCAAACACGUUACCGUUACGGUGGAUGUUGACGACUUUCAGGCAGCGUCGCUGGUUUCCACCAUUAAGGAUUGUGUCAAGAACGAAACCGACACGGACACGACUUUCAAGAGUCUGAACAAAACACCGCUGGUCGAUGUUGAGAUGGUGAAGAAUUCCAUCAAAGGGAAAGAACGUAAGAGAGUGGAGGACGUCGAACAUGAGAUUGAGGAGAAUCUGGUUCAUUACCAAAGCUAUGUGCACAGUUUGAAAACGGAGAUCAAAUCGAGGAAACUGCUGUUGACCUUACUGGAACAAGCUGAUACGUUCUACCACAAUCAACGUGGGGAGGUGAAAGUGGUGGUGAAUGCGUAUCGGAACUUCGGCAAUCGACUGAAAAGCAUGAAGAAAAAGUUGGACGAAUUGACAACUACAUUGCCGAGUCCGAUGCCUUCGCCAGACAUCAAUGCACCUUCUCCGGAACCGGACAUGGACCUCCAGCUGCCCGAAGAUCAAAACUUUUUCAAUGUAAACGGAAUGAUGAACAGCUAUAUGGAUGGAAAUUUGCCGUUCGAUAUCAACGACUUCCGAAGGGAUUCUCCGACGACGAAUGCAGUGCAACCAAUACAAGUGAUUAACUCCAGAAAGGAAGAAUCGGAGGGAGUAAAUGAUUUUCUAAAAACGUUUUUCCCAGAUACGCCCAGUAACCAGCAUUAUGGCGCUGGUCGUGGUGGAGGAGGACCCGGUGGAGGACAGCAACCUCCUCCAUCACAUAAUUCCGCUGGUUCUGGUCCGUACGUUCCAUCACAGCACAGUAGUAGUUCAUCGCUGGAGGAGUACGGAAAUGGUGGAAACGGUCCCGAUUAUACGGCCAGUCUCAACAGUUACGGUGUUCCGUCGGGUGUGGUAAGCGGUGGUCCCGAUUAUGGACUUCCGGGACUUGGUCCACGCCAGAACAAUCGCCAUAACAUGGGCAUGGGACGGAAUUACGGUGCAGGACCACAGUACAAUCAGCCAAUGUUGUCGGAUUACCCCGCGGGAAGAUCUCAACCAGGAGGCCCUCGAAGGCCGCUGCUUCCACCCCCUCAGCCGGUUAAUCUGGAUCGCUCCGAUGACUAUAACUCGACGUGGGACAUGUCGAUGACUUGGGAUGGACCUCAUGAUUCCUCCUUCCAAAGUCUCGACACGCCAGUGUCACCUCCCCACUACGAGAGAAAAGGUAACUCGAACGUUAUUGAAUACAUUGACGGUGUCAGUGAGGAAGGUCCACUACAAGACGUAGAUCACCGACAGCUUCCUAACAUGCCAAUUCCUGCCUUUAUAAAGGACAAAGGACGAUUGAUGGACGUCGAUCACCGUAAUCUUAUUUCGCUGACUGGUUCGCCUGGGCCAUUGCUCAGUAAAUCGGGCUUAGAUGAUCUCGAGGACAUUGAUGACGACGACGAUGACGAUGUUAUAUUACUGACGGGCGACCAGCAGAAUAAUUCAAAUUCGAAAGGAAAGCCAACUCCGGCACCUGUUUCUCCAGUUACAACGGACAACUCGUACUCGUGGGGCACUGGCAGCGGCGAUGUCGAUCUGAGGCAUACCAAUCUAAAUCUUAUUGUACCGCCACCUAUGCCGGCGACAACCAGCAGUAGCAACACAAGCAUAGCUACUACUACUACCACUAGCAGCACUAGCGAACCGAAAGAUCUCGAUAUGCGGAUACAGUCGAUGCAGAAAACGCACUUCGGAGGAGUAGAAGGAGAAUCAACGGACGAAUCCAAGGCUGGCGAGGAUGCACUUCAGCUAUUGCAGACUCCUACCUCAUUGCUGGAAAUUGACGAUUUUCUGCAAAACUUUGAGCGGGAAAACUUCGAUCUGAGUAAACCGCCCACGGUGCUGAUGAGCAAUCAAACUGAGUCAUCGCUAUCGCCGUCGCCCUCGAUGAUGGAUGUAACUGCAUCGACCCCCAAACGGACGGCGCAGGCAAGCAAUGACGCCGCCGAUCAAUCCGGCCCGGAGCGGCCAACCGACAACACCGAAAGCAUCGACAUGGACCUAUCCGACGAAGAGUACGUCCCAGAGCAUCCUACGGAAUCGACGUCAGGUAAGAGCAGCGCUUCUGCCGAUAAGUCUACUUCUUCCCCUCUGUCAACGACUCUAUCUUCGGUGCUUCCGGUGGCGGGCAAUAACAAAAUAGUCUCUUCUGCUAAACAACCAACCGAUAUUGGUACUGGUGGUUCAAAAGAUACGACGGAAAAUUCUCUUUCAGCGCCCCACGAAGAUCCCUUGGAAGACUCGACGGAACCGUACGAACCGUUUGAAGGGGAAGACGACGAAGACAUGUUGAUUCCGAUGGCUCCUCCAGUGCCGCCAAUUCAGGAGGAGAAUGUAAACCCACCACCAUUGGUGAUUCAGCACCUGCAGCAACAGCAACAACAACAGCAUCGACCACCGUUACUGCCUGAUCCGGAGUAUCCUCCGUCGUUUCCGUUUCAAGCGCAACAACAACAACAGCACCAGCAACAACAGAGAAAGCAGUGGGAUAUUCCUCCGCCACAAUUUAACAACUUUGGGACAGGUUUGCCCAGCUUAGUCGAUUUAGAUCCCUUCGGAGAAUUUCCCAAUUUAGCGGCGGGGUUGAACAAUCUUAGUCAACCGCAACAGUCGGGAAUGCCACCUCAUAUGUGGAACAAUCAACAGCAACAGCAACAGCAGCAGCAACAGCAACAGCAACAACAGGGUAUGGGACCGAUGGGUGGUCCGCUUGGAAAUCAGUUCCACCCACCUAAUAGGCCACCGUUCGGGGGAUCACCGUUCAACAAUAACAAAAUGAACAACUUUAGGAACAACAACAACUGGGGUGGCCGAGGGGGUGGUGGAGGUGGACCUAGGCAUGGAUCACCCUACUUCCGUGGUGGUGGAGGAGGAGGUGGUGGCCGAGGUAAUUUCCGCGGUGGAAUCAACAAGUUUCACGGCGGUGGUCAUCAUAACAACAACAACAACAACAACAAUAGGGGUGGAAAUUGUAUUCCACCCAAAUAGAGCGAAAAGAAAAAUCUAAUUUCACAGUCAACAAAGUCAGUGUAGGUUAGAAAUAGAGCAAAAACCUCGAAAACAAAAAAAAAGAAGCAUGAAACAAUUGAGUCCCGAGGGUACGGUUGAAAUCUUCAUCGUAGUUGUAAAUAUGUAUGUGUGCAUGUGGUGAGCUCAACAGCAGGUUUACAGUAAGCAUGUUUAGGGUAUAGUCAAACUAUCAGAAAACAUAGGAGUUUAAGGGACCCGCAGAGGAAAUUAGUGGUGUAACAUUGCAACUAACGUUUUUCUCUCACUAUUAUUGACUACCAUUCACUAGGUUAGACUCGUUCAUACAAAACGGUGGAGAUAUACUUGAGCUCAUUAACCGGUUCGCUCCCCGCUAGGGCUGUCGAAGGAAGUUUAAGAAACCUGCCCUAUACUUAACUUUUUAAUUACCUACUGUAUAAACCGAAGCCGAACGGACAGGACCCGUUUGAAACGCAAACCAACAAAAGUUUUUUCUUUUUUAAAUGUUGAAUUCAAUAGCCAUUUGUUGACAAAUAACUUUUAGCACUUAAUAUUGGACAACAUAUGAUCUGUAAGAUGCAUUCAAAGCCAGAGUUUACUAGAAGAUUGUCGUAAAGGGCGACCGGAAGUAAGAAGUUUAACUGUAAAUAUAAGUAUUUAUACUAGUGUUCUGUACUACACAGAAAGUGUGCAUGUGUUUCAAACUAGCAACAUGACUAUCUAGCAAUAGAGCGCACCUUUGAGGCAUAGUUGGUUUUGAACGUCCUGAGUAAAUUGAGUUGAUGCAUUAUAUAAUUGAAAAAAUGGAAUAAAGAUAGAUACAAUUUGAAAUAAUAAAACAAGACAACUGUUAGCAGUUUAUCAUAAAUAGAAUAGAAGCAAAGUCCAUCAUUAGAUUAAGAUAGCAACAUCGUCCAGAUUUCAGCACUGUGCUUUGGAAAUAUUUUACUCCUACGUUUGUUUUCCUGAUUUUGCACACAGCAGUUGUACUGAAUGUUUCAUAACUUUUCAAAUCUAUAUUUAGCAGA